UUGCUAGCGAAAUGAGGUCGACUCCACAGACUCUAAGAAUCCGGGUUUUCCCUUCAUCUCGAAAUCUUAGUGCACGGUCCCUGACCCCCACCAAGGAACGACUUAUCCCGGCUGCUGUGAAAUUGCGUUGCAAUAUCGUUCCCACGGCUACCCAAAUUCGUCGCAAUUUUACUCCAGAAAAUUCCAGAUGACUGGGGGAUUCGCGAAUCCGAGGUAGAUACCGAAAACGUGGUAGUUCGUCUGUUUCGAGCAUCGCUCCGAUCCCGCAGGGCGCUCUGAUCUGAUUUUCUUUUUGCCAAUCGCAUGCUGGUAAUAACUGGCGUUUUAUCGCAACGCAUCAAUACCGGUCAGGCCUUGGUAUGACCCUUCAACAAGCAUGCUAUGCAACGGCAAAAGGCUCCAUUGCCGGGCGGCGGAUCUGCUGGCCAUGAGACGGGUUGGGCCACGCAGCAUUUCUGCACGUUCGCCUCCCCGCCUCCCGACUGUGCUCUUCUUCUCUCGAAGGGAAAAAAAAUAUGGGCCCCCGUCAGCGGUUGCUGCGCCUCGAGUCUUGUUUUUGUGUCAGCUUACGACCCCGCAUAUCGCGGAGCGUGCGACCGUAUGCCUGGUCUACUAGGAAAGGGACGAAAUCAAAUGUAUACGUAAAAACGGGCUGCUUUAUGUGUCAGCCCUUGUUAAUCUUGUCUUUUUUU